AAAUUGCAUUGCAUCCCCCUUUCGUCCGUUGGAGUGUGUAAACUACGUUCUCCAUCUCCCCUCGCAGCCGGUGUCGCGCACGUGAGUUGACGCCUUGAGCUCGAGCGCUGAGCUUCUUGGUAGGUCUCAGUCAGUGAGUGGAAGAGAGCGCGUCCGCCAUUUACAGUUGGGAAGAAAAGAGCGUGUGUGUUUCGGAUCUGACAGACGGAAUAAGCGCCCAUCUUCUUGCCCUCCCCCCACCUCAUGCGGGGGGCCCGGGCUCGAACUUAUAACGAGGUGGAACACUGGCGAUUUUCUUUUGUAGGAAAAAUCAGUUCCAUUGGAAGAGAAGAAGCCGGGAUGUUUCGUAUAUGGAAGGGACUGCAGUGAGAGCCUCUCCCCGGGCAGCUUGAUCUUGCCCUGUGGUUUCUAUUGUUGCUCCCAGGCCUGUCUUGAGUGGCAGUGCGGGCUGUCCUUUCUCAUCACCAUCAUUUGUUGACUUUUUAAGAAAAGCUUAAUAUUUUCAUCGCAUCCAUCUUGAAAGCUGUGGAACCAGAGCCUUUACGGACAUUGACGGAACAGUUGUGGCGCUGUACAUCAUCGAUGUUUUAAAAAAAAAGUGACUCCACAUAUUCGCUGUUCUGCUAUUGAGAGAACUAUCGCCACAUCGUUGUAUAAAGGAUCGUUACUUUGAAUGUGCUGUUUGGGCGAACGAAUAUUCAUUUCUGGAGUUUAAAUCGAGGGAAAAGGGAGCUGUUUAGGCUGCUGACAUUGACUUUUCCAUUUUUAAUUCCUUUGCCCUCCCGAGAAAUUAAGACUGAAUGAAAGCAGUUUGGGAUUUUUAAAUCAAGGAUGGAUGGAUCACAUCAGAUGGUCCAUGUUUAUCACGCUGCAUUGCAACUGACUGAGGUGGACAGUAUUUUUUGUUUCUUUUUUAAAGGAACGUCUGUGUUCCAGGGAUCCGACCCUUUGCACAUAAAUAACAUGGAGUUAUUUUGUAUUUAAAAACUAUCGGUUUGCAAUUGUCUCCUCGUGGUUAACUAAAAAAAUUGCAUAUCCUUUGAAAUCUUGUUUUAGAGAGGAACCACUACAUUUUGUUUUUUUUGAAGCCGAUUGCCAAUCGGUUUUCUUGUGGCAAUGUCAGAAAGCGCAGACAAAAUUGGCUCAUUAUUGCGUCCUCCUAAAAAUGGUACCAAUUCCAGUUCGGAUACUACAAUAGGAGAACGUUUUGGAGUAAGUAUGAGAAAAAAGGAAGAGUUCACCGCCCUCAGGAGGCGGAGGCAUACAAUGGACAAGGAUAGCAAAGCAGAACACCAACGUUUUAUUAGGAGGAGUGUGAUUUGCGAUUCCAACGUAACCGCAUUGGACCAUUUACCCAGUAAAACCAGCAUUAUCGUCUCUCCGCCUGAAUCGGAUAAUGCAACCAUAUUAAUAAGUAAUGUUACCAAUAAUAAUGAAGCACAGCCUCCAAUACAAACAACUACCGUUGACCCAGUCUCUACUGCUGUUCCUGUGAUUAGAGAAGAAAAAUGCGAAAAUUGCACCGAUGGCAGUGCGAAAGAUGGAAGCAGGGUCGCGGGUAUUGGCGAUGAACCAUCUCGGCCCUCUAUCCGUUCGCCUGAUGUCUAUGUUUGCAAUUAUGCAGUAAGUACAACUGGCGGCAUCGUUGUCAGCAAGGACCGAAAAAAACAAAAAGCUGUUCCAAUUAAAGAGGAGGUCGAGUCGAAAGUCAAUGAAGAGGACAGUGCGGAGAAUCGUGAGGCAGAGGAGGCAAGAAAUCUAGAGAGAAAAGCGCAGGAGGAUAAUGAAGAAAUAGAGACAAAGGCUGUGGGAACUUCCCCUGAUGGGAGGUUUUUGAAGUUCGACAUAGAAAUUGGGAGAGGAUCGUUCAAAACUGUCUAUAAGGGUCUCGACACGGAAACAACUGUGGAAGUAGCUUGGUGUGAAUUGCAGGACCGAAAAUUGUCAAAAUCAGAAAGGCAGAGGUUUAAAGAAGAAGCUGAAAUGUUGAAGGGCUUGCAACAUCCGAAUAUAGUCAGAUUUUAUGAUUCUUGGGAAUCAACAUUAAAAGGAAAGAAAUGUAUAGUGCUGGUGACUGAACUAAUGACAUCCGGUACUCUGAAAACAUACUUGAAAAGGUUUAAGGUGAUGAAGAUCAAGGUGCUUCGAAGUUGGUGCCGUCAGAUUUUGAAAGGGCUCCAUUUUCUACAUACCCGCACCCCACCCAUCAUCCACAGGGAUUUGAAGUGUGACAACAUCUUCAUUACAGGCCCUACCGGAUCAGUUAAAGUUGGCGAUCUUGGCCUUGCUACGUUAAAAAGGGCAUCAUUUGCAAAAAGUGUAAUAGGUACCCCUGAGUUCAUGGCUCCUGAGAUGUAUGAAGAAAAAUAUGACGAGUCUGUUGAUGUUUACGCUUUUGGGAUGUGUAUGCUAGAGAUGGCAACGUCAGAAUAUCCAUAUUCGGAAUGUCAGAAUGCUGCUCAGAUCUAUCGUAGAGUAACCAGUGGGGUGAAACCAGCCAGUUUUGACAAGGUAGCAAUCCCCGAGGUUAAAGAAAUAAUUGAAGGAUGUAUUCGCCAGAACAAGGAUGAACGGUAUGCAAUUAAGGACCUUUUGAGUCAUGCCUUCUUUCAGGAAGAUACAGGUGUGCGUGUAGAGUUGGCAGAAGAAGAUGAUGGAGAGAAACUUGCAAUUAAGCUUUGGCUGCGAAUUGAAGAUAUUAAGAAACUUAAAGGAAAAUAUAAGGAUAAUGAAGCCAUAGAAUUCUCAUUUGACUUGGAAAGAGACGUUCCAGAGGAUGUGGCUCAAGAAAUGGUGGAAUCUGGAUUUGUAUCUGAAGGCGAUCACAAAACAAUGGCAAAAGCCAUCAAAGAUCGUGUCUCACUAAUCAAACGAAAGCGGGAACAACGGCAGUUGGUCAGAGAAAAACGGAAAAAGCUAGAGGAGCAGCAGAAAAAACAUGAUCAACUGCAGCAGCCAAAAGCUCAGCAAGGAGCUAGUGUCACUCAACCUGGGGGAGGACAUCCAUCUCAGUUAUCUGCCACGGCUGUCCCUUCUGCCCUUUCUGUAACCCCACCAACCCAAGUUGAACCUGAAGAGCCUGAAGCAGAUCAGCAUCGUCUACAAUACCAACCAGCUGGAAACUCUGUUACAUCCGAUGGCACUUUUGAUAGUGGCCAGAGUUCAUCUGGGUUUUCAGAUUCCCAUCUUAGUCAAGCUGUUUCCUAUGGUUCUGCUCAAGAACAGCAUAUUUCAUCCAGCCAACCUCCUGGUUACAGUUCCCCAAACGUCCAAGCAGCAUCACAGCAGCUCAGUGGCCAUCAACAGUCCACAGGGCAGUCCCCAUCUCUUGUUCAUCCUUGUGGGGGAGUUACAUCACUACUAGAGACUGGUUCAUAUCCAUCUAUUCCUGAAAGACCAUUUUCUUUCUCUCCACCACCAAGUUUUCCUCUGAAAUCUGCUAAUCCUCAACGCCGCAAAAGUACUUCCUUCCUGGAAGCUCACACACGCCAUUUUCAACCAAUGCCGAGGCCCAUGGGCCAGAACAUUCUUUCUCCUGGUGAUUUUUCGAAUCUGAAUGCUGAAAGCUCAACUGUGAAAGGCUUGGUAACUCAUAGAUCUGCUAGUGAACCAAUCCAUAUUGAAGGUCAAGUGCAACCAGAGCUAGUGCAUGCUUUUAUUGAAAGCCGAUCAGGAUUGUGUCACUAUGAAGAUAUUCCACUUUUGGGUUAUCCAACAAUUUAUCCGUGUAAUAUUCAGCUACAGCAAACUUUGCAAGAAACAUAUGUUACUCAUAGUAACUUGCCUGCAUUUGCACUUUCUGUGCACCAAAUUCCAACUGAUGUAAAUGUACAGCAGCAGAUUUAUUCCCAGCCCUUGGGUGUGGAAGAGUCCUUGAGUGGCCCGACUUUUCUCCCUUGCCCAAACCGAAAUCUGAUGGGACAUGCAUCUCAGAAAUUACAGGUGGCUUCUCACACAGUACCAGCUCAUCUUUCAAAUCUACCUUCUCAUCUCCAACUGCCACAGGACGUGACACAAGUGCAUGGGCAACACAGGAACGUUGGAGAACCCCAGGCAGUAUUUCCACUGACAGCUCAAGUAUUUGUACCUGUACGGGAAGAUAAAGAUGCUCAAAGUGAACCUGCAACAGCAGGUCUUUUCCCAAGAAGCUGUGUUGGGGUAAUGAAUACUGUGCUCUCCCUUCAUCCUCUCCCUCAUUCUGCACCAGCUGUUCCACAAUUCAAUGAAAGCAGAACUGGGUCAGUCUUUGAUUUUCAAGUUUCUCCAGUUCACAUGGAAAGUAAUGGCAUCCAAAUUCCUUUCCUACCAUCUACUCCAAGAAUUUACAGAAGUCGACGGGGUUCAUUGGAUCUGAGUUCGGAGGACGGCCAAGGAACUGGAAUGUACAGUAGGCUUCAGCCAGUAACUGAAGAACAAGUUGUUUCUUUCAGUUCAGAUACUCUGGUACUUCCAGGAGAAUUUCUGCUGAGGAGACAGUCAAGGUCAGAAGAGCUCUCUCAGAGUCUCAGUCCACAGCGUUCAAGUGACUCUGGUCAGUCGAGUUCCUCAGAAACACGAGAAUUUCAGUCACCACCACCUGUGGGUUCUGCAGCUCCAUACUUCAACUUACCAUUGUAUCGAGAGCAGCAACAGGUUUUGUCGGAACAUGGCACUGAUAAUGAAACAUUGCAAAGUGUGCCACUUUCACUGGCUGCAUAUCCAUCAGUGUUUCAAGCAGCCUCAGGGACAGCAUGUUUAUACCUCCAAGUCAUGGAAGGAUCCAGUUCCCAUCCUGUUUCAUCCCAGCAGAACUUUCCACUGGAUCACAGUUCUGCAGAUGGACAUUGUCUACCUUUGCAGGUACAAAUGCAGAACCAACUCCCUUCCGCCAACCUUCCUCUGGGUGUGACCUCUCAGCAUUCUUCUUCACAACUGCCACCUGGUUCUAUACAGCAGACAAGUCAGUUUGGCAGUUACUUCACCCCAACGUAUCUUCCACAGACAAUACAGCUGCAGCCUGUACAGCAUUCCUUGCCACAAGCGCAAUCAAGUGGUUCAGUUCCAGUCCAAGUAGUUACUCAACAUCAAAGUGUACCCAUAAUUCAGAACCAAAUACUUGCUACUCAACAAGGACCUACUGCAUCACAGAAUUACCCUACAUUGUUACCCGGUGUUGCUCCUAAUCCUGUGAAGUCUUCUAUUGGUGUUCAGUCCACUGUGGUUUCACCACCACUAUCAAUUUCUACUGAAGUUGUAACCCAGCCGGUUACUCAACCAUCAUAUCACAUUCUGCCUGCCACAGGUGUGGCACAAUCCUACAUUGACUUUUCAGCAGGUGGACAAAUAAGAUCACUGCAACCUGGAACCACCACUAUUCAGAACCAGAUUGGGACUCCAAUGCAAUUACAGACCCAAGCAUCGCAAGAGAUACCCCAGGCAUCCCCACAGACAUUGUCUGUUGAACAGAUAUACCAAUUGUGUUCAUUGGUUGACAGUGCCCACUCUGAUGUUGCUUCAGGCAUGAGUGAUGGAAAUGAAGGUCUUACAGCAGGUGGUGGAAAUGAAGGCCUUCCAGCAAGUGGAAGACAUGAAGGGAGAUCAGCAAAACGGCAUUAUCGCAAAUCUGUGAGGAGUCGCUCACGUCAUGAAAAAACAUCUCGACCAAAGUUACGAAUUCUUAAUGUUUCAAACAAAGGAGAUCGGGUUGUGGAAUGUCAGUUGGAAACGCACAAUCGAAAAAUGGUUACCUUUAAAUUUGAUUUGGAUGGUGACAAUCCAGUAGAGAUAGCAUUUAUUAUGGUUCAAAAUGAGUUUAUCCUGGAGACUGAGAGGGAAUCGUUUAUUGACCAAGUACGGGAAAUUAUUGAAAAAGCUGAUGAAAUGUUGAGUGAAGAUCCAAGUGGAGAACCAGAAGGCGAUCAAGGAUUAGAGACUGUAAAAAACCAGGUUGAUGUUUGCUUUGGUCAAACACAGAAUGCAGAAGGCAAAUACAGACAACAAGAAACUCUGAUAUCUGUACCACUUCAGUUAGGUACACAGGUGGGCUCUGCAAUGCAAGUGGUCCAUUCAGCUGGAAGACGAUUUAUUGUCAGCCCAGUUCCCGAGAGCAGAUUGCGUGAACCAACAUUAUGUAUGGGCGUCACUUCAGUUAAAGAAUCUUCAACAGCUGUUUCCCAUAGUCACAAUCUAAACCUAUCACACUCGGCUUCUUCAGUGAGUUUGCAACAAGCCUUUUCCGAUUUAAAGCACAGAGCAUUUCAAGAGGGCCCUAAUACUGCCCCUCCUGUCUUCAACCAAACCAUUCCACAAUUUCCUAUGGUACAUCCAGAAAUGGCUAGCAUUGGACAAGGAGUUAAUACCCAAACAGUGGUGUCAUCCUCAGCACCAGCUAGUCUAUUAAUUCCAGGUUCUGGAUCUCAGGCCAAGGUGCAGAGUAUUCAAUCACCACCUGCUGAUCAAUUAACUAAUGAAACCGUUACUGGUAUAAUUACCUCCAAUACUAUUUUGCUGCCUCCAACCUUGCAGCCAGCUCAGCAUUCAAUUGAUGGCACCUCUGCUAAUGUAAGUGUUCCAACAUGCGUAUCUCCACCACAGUCAUCCCAGCCAAGUCGGCUAAUAAUUGGAGACCCUGUCAUAAGUGAUCCUGCUUCAAGCUCUGUAUCUCCACCGCUAACGUCACACCUGGUUCAACAUUUAAUUGGAGGAGCUGCAAUCAGUGCAGGGUCCUCAACCACUGUUUCUCCACCUUCUACUCAGACUGUGAUAUUGCAAGCUUCUCAACAACUUUGUGGUGGUGCUGUGGUCAGCCUGCCAGAAUCGUCAACCUCACUGAGCACAUUACAGGGCCAGACAGAGAUUUUGUCCAGUACAACCCAAGCUGAAAGUCAGCAGAUGGGUGGUAAUGGCAUAACUCUGGCAGCCUCCACUUCAUUACCACCCACAUGUGGCAUUCAGACUGCUGUGAGCCAGUCCACUGUGGUGCAAACAAUUAGUGCACAAAAUGUUACCCUACCUCAUACUGUGGGUGUGUCUGUGCCUUUUGCAACCCAGUUCUCUGUCCCAGGCACAGCAUCUGCACAACCCGUUUCCAGUGUUCCCUCUGUACAGCAAACACUGAUUCAUAACCAACCUCAAGCAGCUUUUCUUCCAAAUCAACCCCAUAUUCAUUAUUCUGAAGUCGACAUCGAUUUGAAUACCAAAGGCACUGGCAUUGAUGAUAUCAAGACAUUGGAUGAAAAGCUUCGUUCGUUGUUUAGUGAACAUAGCACUGGAGGGUGUCCUCACAUUUCAGCACCUUUGGAAAUGGGAUUAAAUGCAGAGUCUGCUACAAUUGAGAGUUUGAUUGCUGCAGGAAAAAUAACUGGUAUCCCAGGGACUUCAACAGUUAGUGUCCCAUCCUACCCAGUUACCACCACAGGUUCUAUCAUACCUCCUUCCAGUUUACCUCUUGGCCCUACAGGACUUCCAUUGACUAUCCAGCAGCCUUCGACUCCGUCCAGUUAUUCAGCAGCAGUUUCUUCUAUGCCCAAUGUCAUUUCAACCACAGGGCGACCAGGCACGCCGCCAUCCAAACCACCACUUGGCAGAUUACUGGUGCAACAGCUAAGUACGGAAGCUCUUGACCAACAAUUAAAACAGGCUCUCACUCCACCCACUGAGCAGUUGCCACCUUUUCCAGGACCUUCACUAACCCAGUCACAACAGCCUUUGGACACUUUGGAUGCCCAAUUGAGACGGGCCCUGAGCCCAGAAACUGUUUCAAACAUACCUGGUGUGUUUACCUCAGUGCAGAGUGGGGUUCCUGUGAAUGUCUCGUUAGCGUCUUCUGUACAGAGUUUUACAGCAACCAGCUUGUCUGCAGAAGGUCUUGUCCCUCAGCCUGAUGAUCAUGUGGUUGAUUCGGAAGACAAAUAUGGCCCUCAGCAGGAUGGCAUAACAACAAACACAGUUACUUGUAUUGGAACUGGAGUAGUGAAGUUGGGUCGUUUUCAGGUUUCUGUGACACCAAAUGAUGACUUGCAUCAGGAAGCAUAUGAUAAACUCCGAGAGUGUAAGCUGCAACAGACUUCAGAUGAAUCUUCCUCGUCUGGAAGCAGCCCCGAAUGUACAGUUGUUAAACCAUCUGAACAUGGCAGCCGUGAAGAUGUUAUGGAUGGUACCCAUGUAAUUGAAAGCAGAAAUAGUGAGCCCCUACCAUAUCAAGAGCAGGAGCCAGCCCCGCAUGCAAAAAUCGGUCGGUUCCAGGUCACAACAAGAAGGGACACUGUUGGCCGUUUUUCAGUCGCAAGGACACAAGAUGAAGUUACGUAUGAAGCUGGCAACCUGAGUGUUCCUAUGAGUACUGCUCCAUUGACAGUACUUUCAUCAUUGCCAGUGGAUCAUGUUACAGAUCAAAUUUUACCACCUAAAGAGGCCAUUGAAACAGAACAAUAUCUACAUACAAAUGGGCCAGUUUUGCCUGGGGCAGGAGAGCAACUCCUUUCAGAGGAAUUGGAUCAAAUACAAGUUGAUUGUCCAGGCAGUCCAGUGUCGCCUCACUCAUCAGAAUCCAAGGGGACCAUUAUUGUACAAAGCCUUACCAAUUCCUUUAAUUCUUCCUAUAUGAGCAGUGAUAAUGAUUCAGAAAUUGAAGAUGAAGAUAUGAGGAAGGAACUGCAUAGAUUGAGGGACAAACAUUUGAAGGAGAUUCAGGAAUUGCAAUCACGGCAGAAGCAGGAGAUUGAGGAACUCUAUAUAAAAUUGGGUAAGGCACCACCUGCAGUAAUAAUUCCACCUGCAGCACCCCUGUCUGGACGUCGCCGACGGCCCACCAAAGGCAAAAGCAGCAAAUCUAGUCGGAGUAGCUCCCAAGGACAUAAAAGUCCCUCACUUUCUGGGCCCUUAACUGCUCAGAAUACUUCAAUGUUGUCAGCAACACAGAUGUUGAUGCCACCCCAAAGUUCUCAUGAAUUCAUUUCUGGACAAGGUCAGUUGUUGAAACCCUCGCCAUCCAGUGAAAAUUUGUACUCUGCUUACACCAGUGAAGGGGUGAUUUCUGGACAAAGUGUCUCUGGUCCUGGACCAGGCUCAGCAGCGUUUCACUGUGCAUCAGAACAAGUAACUUUUAAACUUGGCGGCAGAAGAACAAGGUUUCUGAGGAAGAUGGUGAAAAAAGUCUGCCCAUGCAACCAAUUGUGUAGGACAACUAGCACAAAUGCAGUAAGUGGGGUUGGGCAAAUGCCCCAACAACCAGCAAUGACGAGCAGAAAAGGCACCUUCACAGAUGAUUUGCAUAAGUUGGUAGAUAAUUGGGCUCGAGAUGCGAUGAACCUAUCACAGAACAAGCGUGGUAUAAAGCAGCAGGGUCAACCAGGCCAACAUUAUUCUGAAACAAUGCCGAGGAAGUAUUCAGCACCAGGUCAACUUUGCGUCUCCAUGGCCAACUCUGUGGGAGGACCACCUAUUUCUGCUUCCUCAGUGGGUUCACUGGGUCCUUUCAGCAAGACUCCUCUCUGCCAGUAUGGUUAUCCUGGAGCGCCAUAUGGUGCUCAGUGGACUGGAGCACCUCCCCAACAGCAACCUGGCAUUAUAGCACCAACGGCUGGCCUCCAGUUUCAAGGAGUUGGUACCACAUCACUACAGAGCUUUCCCUUGGGUACUUUGCAGAAAUCUGUCAGCAGUCCUACCGGAUCCAAUCUUAGGACAACGUAGAUUCUAGUUCUGGAUAAGUGUGAUCAAUAGACUGAGUGGAAUUCAAGGUUAAAUGCCUCUGCUGAUGUUGCCAGGGCUAGGUCAUAGAGCUUCAAAGCGUACAAAUGGCUGACACUGCUUUUAUAUACACAGCAUCAUUGAGAGCUAUUUUACUAGUUCUGUUUCAAACAGCGUUCUGUGCGGACAUGUAUUUACCCAUCAGUUUUUGAUGUUCAAACACUGUGAUAUAAAUGUUGUUGGACAACAGUAGUUAAAAGUGGAUUUAGAGGGUUUAAAGUUUUAAAGAAAAACAUAAAAAAAACUAAAGCUAGCUAUAAUCCAUACUUAUCAGAGACACUUUAACUUCCUUUGUUACUUCAUUGUAUUAGAUAAAUAAAUGUGAAUGUAAAAUUGUAUAAAUGUACUUGAAUACCUGUUUUCCCAGUAUGCUUGCUGGAUUCAUAGUGCCUUGUAUUGUGCUUCUGACUUGUCUGCAGGAAAGCACUUAGUGUCCCCAACAGAGAAAAUAAAGAGGAAGAGAGCAAGUGAAGAUGGAGUUGUGGUAAUGUGAAUAGUUACACUUGUUCUUUAACAGAGCUAUUGUCACAGGCAGUAACUGAAUUGCCAUCCAUUCCCCUUAAUCUGUUCUUGUCUUUGUCCUUCCCUCCCCGGUGAUAGCCUUUUAAUUGCUGAAAUUGUGGAGCACUUAAGGCCAAGAUAAUAAUGGUUUAAGUUUUCUCAUGUAGUUUAAGGGUCUGCAUUUUCCAGAAUUUUCGUCAAGUGCCGUUGCUUCCAAAAAUGCAUUGGAAAAAUCAUUUACAUUUGAUUCUAUUGAAGUUCCCGUCAAAAUUAUUAUUUAAUAGUUAUCACUAUGAAUACUGCUGAAAUAUAAUAAAAGCAGCAGUCCUUUUACAUACCAGAACAUGUUUCAGGUUCCUUCAAGUGAUAUUAAAUUGGUGGGAGGAAAUUGGGUUCUGCAAAAAAUCCACCAUUAAUCUUUUAGUGUAAUUCAUCAUUGCAGUUUAUUGAUCAUCUGUUAAUUUAUAGAUGACCAUGGCAACGUUUACUCUGUGGUUGUAGGCUAUCACCAUUAAAAUAACCUUUGAAGCAACACAGAACAAUGUUAUUCAUCUGGAUGUAUGGGAAAUGUGAAGAGUGUCAUGGAGAACUUGUAAUCACUUCAGGAAGGCCUUUCUGAUGCUAUCUCUUGGUUUUUCCUAGAAUGUAAAUCCUGAUUUCCAAAUGAAAUUCUAU